CUGCAGUGCAUACAGUCGACCAAAUGUCAGAGCUGAACUCAUCGCUGUACUGAGCACAUCACAUACCAAUCGGGGGCGAGGGAGGUGCAACGGCGCUUAAAAAGGCUCGUUUGAUAAAUAUUCGACAUUUCCUCCUGACUCCACAUCACUGAACACAGUGGGACAUUUCAGCACUUAAUGAGAGUUACUUGUGACUGAGAUGAAGAACCUAAUUCAAUCAGUACUCAUUCUCAUCGCUGUGCUAAUCUCGGGUACCUCAGGUGCUGAGGAGGUGGUAUAUGCUCAGGUGGGAGAUACUGUUACCCUCAAGUGUCAGGCAGAUUCAUAUAGAUAUUUGUACUGGAAGAUUGAUGAUACAGUUAUCAAAGACCUUGCCUGGAUCAAUGACUUAGGCGGAAAACAUUUCAUUACAGAUGAAGCCUGGAGCAAUAAGUUGUCCUUCUCUGGUGACUCACUGGUCAUCACAAACAUCCAAGAAGCAAACUUUGGGAAAUUUUUUUGUCAAAUGCCUUCUGGGCCACGUCUCACUUCCAUCAAAAUACUCCAACUCAGCGUGAGUAUGACUCCACGCUCUCCUCUGCUGCCUGGGGAAAGUCUGACUCUGUCCUGCAGCGUAAACACUCGGGGUAACAAGAAGCCUCAGGUACACUGGCUGAAUCCCCAAGACAAAAAAGAAAAUAGCCUAGUCAACAAGAGAGUCACAAGCCAAGACACUGGCAAGUGGACCUGUGUUGUAACAGAUGGCAAAAACAAAAAAGAGACCAAAGUUUCUGUUACGGUUGUGGACUUAUCCCCGGCUCCUUCAGAUCCUAAGUAUACAUCGAAAUCAAAGACUCUCAACAUCCCCUGUUCCUUUGCUCCUCACGUCUCCUGGGAACAUGUCAAAGCUCGGGACGUCCAGGAAAUUUACUGGCAAUUCUCACCUGAUCCAUCCUCAGGUCUAGUUUCUAAAGAUACACAGAAGCUCUACUUCCUCAAUCUGAAUGAUUCGCUGUGGAAAAACACGGGCCAACACAGAGAACUGAGACCUGUACAAAACUUAAAAAAUGGAGAUCUGUCUUUGAGCAGAAAGCAAGGCAGAGAAGAAGACAGGGGAAACUAUGUGUGCAACAUGAAAUUUAAAAGCGGUGCCAUUCUGAACAGGGCCGUGCGUGUAGAGGUGUUGCAAAUCAUUUCCUCCCCACAAACAGACUUAGUUUCUGGCCAGCCGCUCAACUUGUCUUGCAGCCUUGGCCACCCGCUGCCCUCUGGCCUUCACGUGAAGUGGUCCCCACCUCCAGGAUCGUCCCUGCCGGCUCUGAAAUCUGAACAUCAUCCCGCCGAUGUCAUCAUCCCGGAAGUGGGCACAGGAGAUGGAGGAAAGUGGGAGUGUUCGCUGUUGCAGGGCAAAAAUCAGCUUACGUCAGCUGUGAUAACGCUGAAGAUCGAACACAGACUGAGUGUGUGGAUGCUGGUGAUCAUAUGCAGUGCUGCAGCCAUCGUCAUCCUCAUCGUCAUCCUCGUUUUCAUCCUCUGCCGACGCAGAAAACGGAAGAUGCGACACCUCAGGCAUCGACUCUGCCAAUGCAAGAACCCCAAGCCCAAAGGUUUCUACAGGACAUAAUAUCUCCCAGAAAGACAUUUUCAAGAGGACGCAGCAACCAACUGAAUUUAUGUCCAGAUAAGAUGGAUUUUUCUGUCACAUCUGCGAAGACUGUGAACCCUUUGUUGGCAGUGUUAGAUGAAGGUCUGGAAGUUUAAAACAAAGUUCAGUCACUGUUGAAAUGUCAGAUAAGACUCUUUUACUCUUGUAUAUAUCAGCCAGUUUGAGUUUUAUAUUCGUAAUGUAAGGGAUUUUUUUGUGUCACAGAAUUGCUUUAUUGUUCAUUCAAUGAUAUCAUUGUUUGUGAUUAUUACUGCCUCUAACUGUUUAUGUUAUAGUUGAUUUCAUUCACACUGUUAGAUUCAGGUUUUUGAGGACU